CAAAACCCUAAAACGCAAACAUUUUAAGAACUCUGUUCUUUAAUUUAAUAAUGUCUCCUGGAUUUCCCAUCAAAGCUAGAGGACUAGGUCAUAGCACUAACGGAGGAGGAACAGGGACGAAGUGUGGACGGUGGAAUCCUACGGUGGAGCAAGUGAAGCUUCUGACGGAUCUGUUCAAGGCGGGGCUGCGAACACCGAGCACCGAUCAGAUUCAGAAGAUCUCUACGGAGCUGAGUUUCUACGGUAAGAUCGAGAGCAAGAACGUGUUCUAUUGGUUCCAAAACCAUAAAGCUAGGGAGAGACAAAAGCACCGCAAAAUCUCCUCCGUUGAUUUUGAUCAUCGUCAAUACAAAGAUCUCUCUGCUAGUCCUCAUCGAUACAGACCACGUCUUCAUCAACCACAACGUAAAGAUAUUUUUGAAGUUUGUGACGAAGAAGAAGAGAAAGUGACACAGACGUUGCAACUUUUCCCAUUAACGAAGGUUGAGAGAGCAAACGUUACUGCUGGGAGCCACAGCGUAUACACACGAGAGCAAGCCUAUACGACGGCGUUUUCCACAUACUCAACAUGUGGAGCUGAGAUGGAACACCCGCCGUUGGAUCUCCGAUUAAGCUUUCUAUGA